GUGAAAAACCUAACCAAGCAGUCAGUGCCUCUUAGGGCCCCGCGCCGACUGUUUCGUUGGGGUUGUUUGCGUUUUGUCUCUCACCUCUCUCCACUCCUCUCUUACUCUCUUCGUAUAUACAUAUAAGUGUCACAAAAAUUUAUCCCCUCCCCCCACCCCUGCGUGUGUGAUUUUAGAACACAUAUGGAAUAGAUUAGAAUAUCGCGAGGAGCAGAAGAGAGGAUAUGGAGGAAGAUAGAAGAGAGGCAAAAAAAAAAAAGAAACAGGAGCUAUAAAAACAAAUAAAUGAUGAACAUCUCUUUGAUGUAAGUUCAAAAAGAAAAUUAAGUAACAAAAUAGUUGAAAUUUAAUAAAGUGCAAAGAAAUAUUUUUCAAACAAACCAGGAUUAUGACAACAGAAACGUGGAAUCAUUAUUUGUGAUUUAUUAACAGUGACUAUGUAUAUUUAUUCGUUUGUUUGGUGUUUAUUUUUGGAUAGAUUAUUAAAAUAGUGAAUGUGAGAUUUUUCGAAUAAUCAUAUAUAUAUGUAUAAUAACGGAGGAAAUGAAUUUAAAGUGAUAAGGUGAUUUGUUAAAAUUAUAAAUAGCUGGUGAAAUUUUAUUGGAAGGAUAUUUUAAUAACGACAGUGAUCCACGGCUACUGGAAUUAUAAUAUUGGCGGAAAAAGUAGAGAAAUUUAAAGGGUGGCUCUUCCGACGGGGAAAAGAAUCAGUCAAGAUUGCUCGAAAGUUAACGUGUGGAGUGCGCAGGGACGAAAGAGCUAUCGAAAUAGGGGGCCUGAGCGUGAUGCAACGACCGGGCACUGGCGGAGGGCCCGGGCCUCUCGUGCUUCAGGGCCCUCCAAGGUCCCUGAAGAUUUCGCCUGUUAAUCUCAAAGAUGAGCCUGGAGAUCUCUUAUCUCAAAAGAGCAGAAGUUCAUUAUGCGUUGGUUGUGGAGGUCGAAUUCACGAUCAAUGGAUUUUAAGGGUGGCACCCGAUCUUGAAUGGCACGCCGCGUGUUUAAAAUGCGCUGAAUGUCAACAAUUUCUAGAUGAAAGUUGCACUUGUUUUGUUCGUGAUGGCAAAACUUAUUGCAAACGUGAUUAUGUUAGAUUAUUUGGUACCAAGUGUGAUAAAUGCAGUCAGUCCUUUAGUAAAAAUGACUUUGUUAUGAGGGCGAAAAGUAAAAUUUAUCACAUCGAUUGUUUUCGAUGUUCAGCCUGUAUGAGGCAACUUGUUCCUGGAGAUGAGUUUGCGUUACGGCACGAUGGACUUUUUUGUAGGCACGAUCACGAUGUUUUGGAAGGGGAAAAAUUGUGUACUGCCAGCGGUGGUGUCACAGGAAAUGAAAACAAUAAUAAUGCAACUCUCACCAAUAAUAAUCAUCAUCUGCAUCCAAAUGAUGGAUCCAUGUCUGAUUCGGAAUCAGAAAGUGGUUCGCAUAAAGCUGUGGGAAGUGCUCGAGGAUCUGGUGGUCAUAAAGGUGGUGGAGGUUCAGAUGGAAAACCAACAAGAGUACGAACAGUACUUAAUGAAAAACAAUUGAAUACAUUGAGAAAUUGUUAUAAUCAAAAUCCAAGGCCCGAUGCUCUUAUGAAAGAACAACUCGUUGAAAUGACUGGACUUAGUCCUCGUGUUAUAAGGGUGUGGUUUCAAAAUAAGAGAUGUAAAGACAAAAAGAAAACAAUAGCAAUGAAACAGCAAAUGCAACAAGAGAAGUAUUUUCCGUUGCAGGACGGGCGAAAAUUGGGUUUUGGUGGAAUGCAUGGAAUUCCAAUGGUUGCCAGUAGUCCUGUACGACAUGAAAGUCCCAUAGGAAUGACACCUUUGGAAGUGCAAGCAUAUCCAGCACCAUGGAAACAACUUCAUGAUUAUGUUGCUCAACAUACGGAAUUAGAUACCAAUGCCCCAUCGUUUCAUCAUUUAGUUUCACAAAUGCAUGGUUACGAUAUGCCUGGAGGACCACCACCUCAUUUACCACCACCAGGAAUGCUUGGUGGACCUAUGAAUGAAGGUUUAGGAGGCGGUGGACCUCUACCACCGCCUGGACCACAUCAUCCAGGAGCAUUGGACAUGGGCCAACAUCCCGAUAGUACAGAUAGUUAUGUAACUUAUCUUGAAAGUGACAGUGAUUCGUUACACCAUGAUACAGGAAGUCCAUAGUGCCGUCCCCUCAAUCUCCGAUGUACAUACAAUAAUAGAUUGACAAGACGCGACACAGACUGUUUUUCUCAUUCAAUGAUGAUCAGUCCACAGUCGACAAAUUAAAACAAGAGCUUAAAUUAAUUUUUUAAAUCGUAUAAUAAAUAAGAUUAUCCGCUUUUAUUUAUUCGUUGAUUUUAAUUUCAAAUUUUAUAUAUAUUUUUUUUUUUAAAAAACCAAUUAUCAAAUUUUACCUAUACCUGAUAAUAUUAUCAAUAAAAUGAUAAUAAGAAAUAAUAAAUUGGGAUCGUAAAAAGAAAAUUAAAUUUUUAGCUUUUGUACAUUUUCGUAAAAGGACAAAAGACUUCUUGUAUCAAGUGUACAUAUAAAAUGAAAAGAAAUGUACAUUUUAGAGAUAAGAAUAAUAUCAGUAUUGCAUUUAGAUUGUAUAGACCAAAAAAAUUAUUAGCAAAAUUUUUGAAAGUGGCACAAAAGUUUUAAUGAAAAAAAAAAAUUUUUUUUAGACUAUAUUUAAUGCAAUCUAAAUGCGAUACUGAAAAAUCAAUCGUAAUUUAACAUACUCAGGCCCAAGAAAUUAUGUAAUAAAUAUAACAUAAAUAGUAAACGACGUAAAGUUCCACUGACAUUGUAAUUGAUAAAUUGUAAGUAUUUUAGUAUUCACACUGUCGUAAGUUGAAUCGUUUAUAAGUUGUAACGCGUCACACGUAUGUCUGCAUAAUAAAUUUUGCAAUAAAUUAUGUGUCCAUAUGUAAAUUUAUACACAUUCAAACAAUACCAAAGCAUGCGCGAUUUUCAGUAUAAAUUAAUGCACUUCUUUGUAAAUAAUUUUACAUACACACACACCUUAAUUCGUAUCUCUAAGAACAAAAGUCGAAAAUAUCUUUUUUUUGAAUCAAAAAAAGGAAAUAUUAUAUUUUGUACAUAUAACAUAUCAGUGUUAAAUAAUUUUUUAAAUUUUAAUAAAGUUUCUUUCAAUUAAUUUUAAGUUUAAAUAGAAACUAUUUUAAAUUUCUCCUCUGUGAUUGUAAACAUUUUUAGGUUAUUUAUUAUUAUUAUUAUUACCAUAAUAUUGUUAUUAGUUUCUAGUGAUACGAAAUAACGUUUGUUUACAGAAGUUGCACUGAAAAUACUAUUAUCUGAACAAUUUAAGUGUAUUUCCGUGAUUUAUAUUUUUAGUAUUGUACCCGUAUAUGUAUGUUUAAAGAGAGUUUUCUAAUCACAAUUUUAAUUUUUAAAUUUACAUACGUUAAAAAAACUGUUCUUGUUUAUCUCGUGAAAUAAAACAAUUAACUUUUUGAAAUUGAAAAAAAUGAACCGAUUGAUUUAGCGAACUUUCUUUUUUUUUUUUUUUAUCAUUUUUGUUACACGCACGUCGCUCUGCUGUAUAUGUUAUCAUAAAAAAAAUUUUUAGCUUUUACGUUCCCAAAUUUUCUUAAAUAUCUUCGAAUUUGUAUAAUAUUUCUAUACAGCCAUAGCGUAUGAUAAUAAAAAUUCAAAGUGAAUAUUGUAUAA